CCAAAGGGCUCCGUAGUGAUCCCGAGCCACCUAAACAUCAAGAUCAAGAUCAUAUCGAGGACAAGAUCAAGAUCAAGAUCAUCAAGGGCGUGAUGGUGAUAUUGGCAAUGCUCCGUAAUACUGUUUCGAGGCCACAAUUAAAUUUGUGGCAUAAUACUGUGCAAUGGAUGAUACCAGGAGCAGAACUUCGAGGCCUCCACACAACAGCCAUCGCUAGCAAAGCUCAAGCUGGUCGCUAUAGAGUCACUAGAGACAGAUCCAGGCCUCUUACUUAUGAAAUGGCAAACCAACCAUUUAAGAUUGCUCAUCGUAAAUCAUGGAAUAGCUGGAACACAACAAGUUUAUUUGAGGGAAUGCGAGAACCAGAAACAGUUGUAGAGGACAUCUUCAUACGCAAGUUCAUGACAGGGACUUGGCACAACUUGUUUCUCUCAGAGGUGAUAAUCAAGAGACAACACAAUAUGGUCAGGAUUGCUGGAAUAAUCCAUCAAAGGAUAACUGCCCAAAAAAUGUAUUUUCUUAUAGGUUAUUGUGAAGAGCUUUUGUCAUAUUGGCUUAAAUGUCCUGUAAAGUUGGAAUUACAGACAGUUACAGACAAAGAGGAUGUGAUUUACAAAUAUAUUUGAUUUUUCUUUGAGACCAAAAUAACACAUUUUAGUUAAAACUACUGUAUCAUUUAAUUGUGAAAAUUUUUUUUAUUGUUACUGUAAAUUAUGCUGUUUGUGUACAUUAUGUAAAUUAUGCUGUAAUGUGUACAAAAAAUACAUAUUAUAUAUAUUC